AUGAUGUUCGGCGGCGGUGUUCCGGAAAAUCUCAUUUCCCGAGCUGGCGAUGCUUCCGGUAUCGAGAUGGGAAAUGGAGAGCGUCUCGCAAUCGAGGGGCCACCUGUUUCCAUGGUGGCCACAACGACCGACGCUACAAGUUCUGUCGGGGACAAGACCGAUAGAACGGGUCGGGCCAGAUCUGCCAAGUCUCAUGACGCUUCGAGAAUCAGAACUGGCUUGCCAAAUAUCAGAUCAUACCCUGUUCAAAAGAACCACCCGGCAGAGUGCACAGAUCCGAUUCCAGUGACACACGAUGACGUCGAUAAAGGCAUUCUCAACAUGAUCGAGCGAGGCAUCAUCCCUCCAGCUGCUCAUAUUCAACUUCUACCGAGUCCUAUCACAAAAGGUCAUUCCACAGCGACGAAAUCAGCAGAAGAGGAGUCAAACUACGCGCCGUCAGGAUAUUUUCAUGAACAGCAUCCGAACAUCAAGGUCGAUCCGAACUUUACAAUGAGUUCGGAUGAUUAUUCAAAGAUCUAA